AUGGUGCAUUUGCAGGUAUAUAGAGUAUCCGGCAAUACAAUCGAUAACGGAGUAAAGGGGGAGCCGAUAUUAGAAUGUGCAGCAGAUAGUAUGUCCAUCACUUUUACGACAGAAAAAGAAUUUGAAGGACAUGUUUAUGUGAAAGGCCACUAUGAUAACAGCUUAUGUCGGAUAGAUGCCACUCUCAAGAAAAAUGUUAAUUUGACUGUACCCUUCUCUCUUUGUGAUGUACGAAGACAACGUUCGAGUAAUCCUCGGGGUCUAUAUGUGUGCAUGACUGUCAUCAUUACUUUUCAUCCGAUGUUUAUCACCAAAAUUGAUAAAUCGUAUCAUGUGAAAUGCCUUUACAUAGAAACAGAUCGUACUGUGACAACACGUCUUGAUGUUAGUUUAAAUAGUGAACAACAAAGAAAGAUUGUUGUGAUGAUUGGUGGCGAUAAGCAUCAGGUGAAGGCGCUCACCAAUCGUAAUGGAACACUUGAUGAUUUCGAAAGUGACACACUUGCAAACGGAGUGAUUACACAACAAAUAGCUCUUCCAACUUGUCGGUAUCAAGUCCUUAUGGAUGGACCACAUGGUUCUCCUGUAAAAUAUACAACUGUUGGAGAACAGGUUUAUCAUCAGUGGUCGUGUGCGGAUGAAGAUGGAACAGUUCCAGAAACAAAUUUGUACUGCACAACUGUUCAUUCAUGUGUGGCCAAAGAAGAAAAUGGAAAAGAGGUUCAAUUGUUGGACGAAAAUGGCUGCGCUGUUGACAAAUAUCUGUUGAACAAUUUGGUUUAUACAUCUGAUUUGACCGGUGGACAAAUGUCUCAGGUGUUUAAAUUCGCAGAUCAGUCUUCGCUCUAUUUUCAUUGUCAAAUACGCCUUUCAUUGAGGCGUGGAAGUUGUAAGAGAACAAGCGACAAUUGUUCAGUUGAACGGGCACGGAGUAAGAGGGAACUUUCCGUUGCUUCUCAGUACAGUGAUAUCGACGCGACAGUGGUUGAUGUGUUUUCGCAGUUGAUGACGGUGUUUGAUAUAGAUGAUCCAAUAAAUACUGAUUCACUGCAACGAUUUGAAGCGAAAGAGCUGAAACAUACAACCAUUUGUUUGACACCGAUAUCAUUCAGCUUUCUCUUGGCGAUCUUCACCACAGAGCUUUUUAUUUCAACCUUAUCAGUUAUUUUCUUAUAUCGUAGAACUUGCUAUAAACAGGAAUAUUGCACAGAAUAA